GAUGGAAUUGCCCCUGUCCGUGCCUGCCUGCCUGCGUGCGUGCGUGGAGGGGGCAAGCAAGGCCAUGUGGGAUGCUUAGUUGCGGCGUUGGCCGCGGAUGGACGCGUGGAGAAAUGCCCACGAGAAAUGCCCGUGUGGGACUCAGAUGACUGCUGGGGCUAGGGUUCAUCACUUCUCAGACUGUGUGGUGGCGGAGGCUCUGCGUGAUGUGCUGCGGGAGCAUGCGAAUGUGGACAUCACACGGAACCAAUUGUGGUUAGUACAGGCGCCACCAGGGCUAUCGCAGGCGGUGUGGGACAUCGUGUGCUUGGCUGCUGUGGCGGCCCUGGAAUACGGCCGACAGCGCCUUUACGCUUGCCGUGAUGCUGCAGGCCGGACUGCGGAGGUUGCUGUUGUGCGAAGGAUCGGUGUGGAGGUGAUUGCGGACUUCUGGUCACGGCUAGCUGCGUUUGUGAGUUUGCGUCGGCUUCCGCGCCGCUGGGACCUUGUCCCGAACCAGCACCCAUUCCCAAGCCCGUUCCUAGCGUCAGAUGAUGUUGGAGGGGUUAUCUUUGUAGGGCCAGCAGCGGACUCGCCACCGGCCUCACCCUAGCUUGCCAGCUUAGGGACUCGCAAGAGGUAGUCUUUAUGACGCCGACCCACGGCUUAGGUGAGCAGCGCUAGCGUUGGCGGUGAGCCAGGCCUGCGGUUCCUCCCCUCUACUCCGGAGGCGAGGAGCAUGGGGGUCAUUCGGGGAUCCCUCCUCGGGUGAGCGUGCGUGUCUCGUACGUUUUUUGGGCCCUGGCUUCGUCCACGGCUGUCGUCCCACAUGUAACCUCUACCAGGU